UUCAUAAUGCAAUAGAGGGCGCUCAUUUAAUUGAUCUGAUUCUCAAUAAUCAUAUGAUUUACAACAAAUUCACUUAAGUGCUUUAUUAAAAAAAAAUAACAAUAAAAAUGUUAUCUUCAAUGGUAAAAGAACACAAUGCAAUCCAACAGGGGGCAAAAGAAAUACAAGAAAUGAAAAGAAAAGAAGCAUGUGCCGCAGCUAGUCAAUUAACUCAAGCUUUAGUAGAUCAUUUAAAUGUGGGAGUGGCGCAAGCCUAUUUAAAUCAGAAACGAUUAGAUGCCGAAGCUAAACAAUUACAUAUUAGCGCAACUAAUUUUUCGAAGCAAACUCAACAGUGGCUGAAUAUUGUUGAAAUUUUUAGUACUGCAUUGAAGGAGCUUGGAGAUGUCGAGAAUUGGGCGAAAACUAUUGAAGGAGAUGUACGGCUGAUUACUAACGCUUUGGAAAAUGUUUAUAAAACGUCUAGGGAUAAUACUACUGCUUAAAUAAGAUUUUGUUUUGUUUGAAAUUGCAGAAAUGUAUUGAUUAAUUUUAAGAUAUAUUAAUAUAUUUUGUUUAUAAUUUAUGUAUUGAUAUUAAAUGUACUUGCAAGAGAUAAUUUAA